ACCAUCGUGCACAGAUAACUUACAGAACUCCUUAUUGUUUCAUCUUUAUGGAGAUGUCACAAGUUACAGCCAUGCCUAACAAGAAAUGUAAGUGUUCGAUUCUAUGCCAACUUCUUUUCCUUGGCCUUAACUUUGCAUCCUUCACCAUUGCUGAUGACCAGUUUGUCUACUCUGGAUUCGCCCAAGCUAACCUUAGCCUCGAUGGAGCUGCAACAAUCAGAUCAGAUGGACUUCUUGAACUAACCAAUGGCACCUUUAACAUCAAAGGCCAUGCACUAUACCCAACUCCUCUGCAAUUCCGCAGGUUGCCUAGCGGCAACGUGCAGUCUUUUUCCGUGACUUUCGUCUUCAGCAUCAUCUCUGCCUACCCUGAGAAGGGUGCUGAUGGCAUGGCCUUCUUUGUGGCCAAAAACAAGAGUUUCUCCAGUGCGUUGCCAGCCCAGUACUUAGGGCUACUCGAUGACCAAAACAACGGCAACACCAACAAUCACAUCUUUGCAGUUGAGCUUGACACCAUACAAAACAGUGAGUUUCAGGACAUUAGCGACAACCAUGUUGGCAUCAACAUCAAUAGUCUCCACUCUGUGCAAUCUCGGGAUGCUGGCUUCUACGAAAACAAAAAUGGUAUGUUUAAGAACUUGACACUCAUUAGCCGUGAGGUGAUGCAAGUGUGGGUGCAGUAUGAUGAAGGGGCAACACAGAUCGAUGUAACCUUAGCUCCCAUCAAAAUGGCCAAACCUCUAAGACCACUAGUUUCAGUCAUCUACAACCUAUCAACAGUGCUCACACAUACGGCAUAUGUUGGUUUCUCAUCUGCAACUGGUGUAAUCAACUCAAGAUAUUUCAUGCUCGGAUGGAGCUUCAGCAUGGGCAAAAGUGCUCCAGCAAUUGACAUAAGCAAGUUGCCAAAGUUACCUCGUGUUGGGCCAAGGCAUCGCUCAAAGGUCUUGAAGAUUGCUCUGCCAAUAGUCAUUGCAGCAUUCAUAUUUGUUGCUGGGACAAUUGUAACUAUAUUUGCACGAAGAAAAUUCGCAUAUAGCGAGCUACGGGAAGAUUGGGAAAUUGAGUUUGGCCCACAUAGAUUUUCAUACAAGGAUUUGGUCCUCAGUACAGAUGGAUUCAAGAAUAAGAACCUACUCGGAGCAGGAGGAUUUGGUAAGGUAUAUAAAGGCAUGCUUCCAAAAUCUAAACUGGAGGUUGCGGUAAAGAGGUUGUCACAUGAGUCAAAGCAAGGAACAAAGGAAUUCAUUACUGAGAUUGUUAGCAUUGGUCACCUCCGACACCGCAAUCUUGUGCAAUUACUUGGCUAUUGCAGGGUAGAAGGUGAACUUCUAUUGGUCUACAGCUACAUGGAAAAUGGUAGUCUUGAUAAGUACUUAUAUUGCGGGCAGGAUGAACCCUCACUGAAUUGGGCAAAGCGGUUUCAUGUCAUCAAAGGGGCUGCAUGUGGCUUGCUCUAUCUCCAUGAGAGGUGGGAUAAAGUUGUUCUCCACAGAGAUAUCAAAGCAAGCAAUGUGCUUCUUGAUAGCGAAAUGAAUGGACGGCUAGGAGACUUUGGCCUUGCAAAGUCAUAUGAUCAUGGUACAGACCCGCAUACCACACGUGUGGUUGGUACCAUGGGUUACCUAGCCCCAGAAUUGGUACACAUGGGCAAGGUGUCUCCACUUACUGAUGUUUUUGCCUUUGGCAUAUUCCUUCUUGAGGUCACCUGUGGUCAAAAGCCUGUCAAGCAGAAUGCACAUGGAGACCGAUUUAUGUUGGUUGAUUGGGUACUUGAGAAUUGGCAAAAAGGAUUAUUAGUGGAGACAAUAGACCAGAGGCUCCAAGGAGAAUGUGAUUUAGAUGAAGCAUGCCUGGUGCUAAAGCUUGGCCUUUUGUGCUCACAACCAUUUGCUAGUGCAAGACCUAGUAUGCAUCAAGUCAUGCAAUACCUUAACAGGGAGAUGCCACUACCAGAGUUCACACCAACCGAUAUAAGCUUCAACAUGUUAGCUUUGAUGGAAAACAGGGGAUUUGACCCUUCUGGCGUGUCAUAUCCGCAGCUUAUAACCAGCAUGGGCACGAUGUCAAGCCUCUCAGGAGGAAGAUAAAAAGAAUCCAUAGUUCUUACUUCUUAGCAUUGCUACUGGUGUUUAUUGUGUAUUUUAUAUGUGGUGAACAUCCAAUUAGAUAUUUUAAUUUUAAUGCAGCAUGGAGGAUAUAUAGUGAGAGUGUAAAUGUGUAAUAGUUGGAUAUGAAUCCAAUAAUCAGCUGAAGAACCAAAAA